GCGGUAGCAGUGGUAACGGCAGCAGGAGGACCGGCCGCCCCAUAGACCGCCCCCCGCGCACCACCCCCGCCGCUUCCUCUGCUUGGGUGCUCCUCCGGCCUGACUUCCCCUUUCUCCCAUCUUUCCCGGCACCGCGGGAAAAACAGCGCAGGGCAGAGCAGGCAGGGAGGGCGGCCGCAGCCCGGACACGGGAGCCUCCCAGUCAGUUCAAGACCCGACAUGAGGGAAAAGGGCCGUAGGAAGAAGGGCAGGACCUGGGCGGAGGCCGCCAAGACGGUCUUAGAAAAAUAUCCCAAUACACCCAUGAGUCAUAAAGAAAUUCUUCAAGUUAUCCAGAGAGAAGGACUAAAAGAAAUCAGAAGUGGAACUUCCCCUCUUGCAUGCCUGAAUGCAAUGCUGCACACAAACUCCCGAGGUGAAGAGGGCAUCUUCUAUAAGGUUCCAGGUAGAAUGGGAGUGUAUACUUUGAAGAAAGAUGUGCCGGAUGGGGUGAAAGAGCUAUCAGAAGGUUCAGAAGAAAGCAGUGAUGGUCAGUCAGAUUCCCAGAGUUCUGAGAACAGCAGCAGCAGCAGUGAUGGUGGCAGCAACAAGGAGGGAAAAAAGAGCAGGUGGAAAAGGAAAGUAUCGUCUAGACUGUCACAACCAUCCUCUCCUCAGUCAGGCUGCCCAUCACCCACCAUUCCAGCAGGUAAAGUCAUUUCUCCAUCACAGAAGCACAGCAAGAAGGCACUAAAGCAGGCUCUAAAACAGCAACAGCAGAAGAAACAGCAGCAGCAGCAAUGCAGGCCAAGCAUGUCCAUCUCCUCCAACCAGCACCUCUCUCUGAAGACUGUCAAAGCAGCCAGUGACUCUGUACCUGCCAAACCUGCGAUAUGGGAAGGAAAGCAAUCUGACGGACAGUCAAGCAGCCCUCAGAACUCAAACUCUAGCUUUUCUUCUUCAGUUAAAGUGGAAAAUCCUUUGCUAGGCCUGGGAAAGAAGUCAUUCCAGAGGUCUGACAGGCUUCACACAAGGCAAAUGAAGAGGACUAAAUGUGCUGAAAUUGAUGUUGAGACACCAGACUCCAUUCUGGUUAAUACAAACCUACGAGCACUAAUCAACAAACACACCUUUUCAGUCCUUCCUGGAGAUUGCCAACAGCGACUGCUUCUACUACUUCCAGAGGUGGAUCGACAGGUUGGUCCAGAUGGUCUGAUGAAGUUAAAUGGCUCAGCCCUUAAUAAUGAGUUCUUCACUUCAGCAGCCCAAGGCUGGAAGGAAAGACUUUCAGAAGGUGAGUUUACACCUGAGAUGCAGGUGAGAAUUCGACAAGAGAUUGAGAAGGAGAAAAAAGUAGAGCCUUGGAAAGAACAAUUUUUUGAAAGCUACUAUGGUCAGAGUUCUGGCCUGAGCCUUGAAGAUUCAAAGAAAUUGACAGCUUCACCCAACGAUCCCAAAGUAAAGAAAACCCCAGCUGAGCAACCAAAAUCCAUGCUUCCUUCAGAGGCCUCUCCUGUCAAUAUAGUCUCAGUAAUUCCCCAGUUAGUGUCUAAAGAAGAAGUACUACAGCUGCCAUCACCAGUCAGAAAAGAAGAGCAUGAAAGCCAAGAUAAGAUGCAGCCAAAGUCCAAAUCCCCAGAGCCCCUGCUUUCCUCAGCUCCCAAUACAGAUGAGCUUAGCAGCGUCCCUCCCAUCAAGUGCCCAAAGGAUGAGGCUCUCUUGGAGCAAAAGCCAGUUGCCUCUGCUGAACAGAAGUCUGAGAAAGAGAGUCAUCUCACUACAACUUCAAAUUAUAAUAAAAAUGAAAGCCAAGAAGCUUUAGUUACAUCCCUGAGCAAACCCAAGAGCCCUGGGGUAGAAACAACAGUAGUGAAGCCCAUAGUAGAAGCAGGUCUACAGGAGACCACUAUGAAAGAGCCUCCAUCAGCUCUGGCUGAUCACAGCCCAGAAAACCUCAAGAGGAAACCUUCUGUCACCCAAGAAGAGGCCCCUACAAGCUGGGAGAAGAGACCACGUGUCACUGAGGAUCGCCAGCACCAGCAGCCAUUUCCAGUCUCCCCACAGCCCUUUCUCAGUAGAGGGGACAGGUUCCAGGUGCGGAAAGUACCACCUCUCAAGAUCCCGGUCUCCAGAAUCUCCCCCAUGCCGUUUCCUACAUCGCAGGUCUCUCCCAGGGCUCGUUUUCCAAUCUCCAUCACUAGUCCUAACAGAACAGGAGCCAGAACUCUCGCAGACAUCAAAGCAAAAGCCCAGCUGGUCAAAGCACAGAGGGCAGCAGCUGCUGCUGCAGCCGCAGCUGCCGCAGCCGCCUCAGUUGGAGGGACCAUUCCAGGACCUGGCCCAGGGGGUGGACAAGGUCCAGGAGAGGGGGCUGAAAGGAGAACUGCUAGAGGAGGGAGUCCAGACUCAAACAGAGUCAGUGAAACUGGAAAGGGCCCCACACUGGAACUGGCAGGAACUGGAAGCAGGGGAGGUACGAGAGAGCUUUUACCCUGUGGUCCAGAGACUCAGCCCCAAUCUGAGACCAAGACCCCAGGCCAGGCACAGUCUCACAGUGUCUCUGGAGCACAACUACAGCAAACCUCCUCAGUGCCUCCACCAUCUGCCAUCAGUGGAGCGUGCUCAAGUGUCCCGUCACCAGCCCACGCUAACACACCCCCACCAGCUUUAGGGAAAGUAAGUAAUGAAAAACUGAACCCCACCAGGGCGGCAGCCACGGUGGCCUCUCUUAGCCACCCACAAGGGCCCAGUAAUGGUAGGCAGGAGAAAGCACCUCCUACUCCAGCAGAUCCUGCUCUAAUCGCAGGUGCCUCACCUGUUCAUUUUGCAGUCGAUGGCACAGUUGAGCCCAAAGCAGGUUCUAGUAAGAAUACACCAAACCCUCCAGCCUCAGCAGAGAUAAGUGCUAGUGCUUCAGUGGACAUGACUCCCUCCCCUUUAACAUCUUUAUUAGCAACAGCCUCUUUAGAGAAGCUUCCUGUACCCCAGGUCGUUGUAACCAUAGCACCUACUGGAUCAGCUCCAUCCUCGAGCACUUUGCCAGCAGCUUCUAGCCUUAAGACCCCAGGAGCUUCUUCAAGUAUGAAUGGACCCAUUUCAAGGCCAAGCUCUAAUAUCCCUGCUAAUAAUCCUUUGGUAACUCAGCUGCUGCAAGGCAAAGAUGUUCCCCUGGAGCAAAUUCUGCCUAAACCUCUCACCAAAGUUGAAAUGAAAACUGUUCCACUAACUACAAAAGAGGAAAAGGGGAUGAUGAUAGGAGCACUCGCAGGUACCAGCAUAACAGAAAAUAGCACCAGAGAGGAAGUUAAUGAGAGACAGUCCCAUCCAGCUACACAGCAACUGGGUAAAAGUUUGCAAAGUAAGCAGCUCCCCCAGGUUCCAAGACCCCUUCAGCUCUUUUCAGGUAAGGAUCUAAGGGACGCUAGCAUUGACACACACCAAUACCAAGAAGGACUAAGUAAAGCAACCCAAGAUCAGAUCCUUCAGACACUCAUCCAAAGGGUUCGGAGGCAGAAUGUUCUCUCGUUUGUGCAGCCCUCCCAGUUCAACUUCACUCACUCAGGUUUCCAGUUAGAGGACAUCUCCACAAGCCAGAGGUUUAUGCUGGGUUUUGCUGGCAGAAGGACAUCCAAGCCUGCCAUGGCAGGUCACUACUUACUUAACAUUUCCACCUAUGGCCGGGGUUCAGAGAGCCUUAGGAGGACCCAUUCUGUAAACCCCGAAGACCGAUUUUGUCUAAGUAGCCCCACUGAGGCCUUGAAGAUGGGAUAUACAGAUUGUAAAAAUGCAGCAGGAGAUAGUAGCAGCGGUAAAGAAGAUGAUACUGAUGAGGAAAGUACUGGUGAUGAGCAAGAAUCUGUCAUGGUGAAGGAGGAGCCGCAGGCUUCCCAGAGUUCUGGCAAGUGUGAAGCAAGUUCAGGACCCCACAGUAGAGAAACCCUAUCCACCAGUGAUUGUUCAGCUAAAAAGAAUGUGAAGGCAGAGAUGCCAGUGCCUGAGCAAACCACUUUAAGCAAGGAAAAUUACCUGUUCACUAGAGGCCAAACAUUUGAUGAGAAGACCCUAGCCAGAGAUUUUAUUCAGGCAGCACAGAAGCAGAUGGCUCACGCAGUGAGAGGUAAGACCGUGCGGAGCAGCCCUGAGCUUUUCAAUUCUACUGCUCUUCCUCUGCCUGCAGACAGCCCUACCCAUCAGUCUCUACUCCUUCCACCACUGCAAACCCCAAAGCUGUAUGGAAGCCCCACACGGAUUGGGCCAAGCUACAGAGGCAUGAUCAACGUCUCCACCUCAUCAGACAUGGACCAUAACUCUGCUGUACCGGGGAUGCCUGACUGUAGCCAGGUAUCUAGCAAUGUCGGUGAUGUCAUGUCCUUUUCAGUGACUGUCACAACCAUCCCUGCUAGCCAAGCUAUGAAUCCCAGCAACCACAGCCAGACCAUUCCUGUUCAGGCCUUUCCUGAAGAGAACAGCAUAGAGGACACACCUUCGAAAUGUUACUGCCGAUUGAAAGCCAUGAUCAUGUGCAAGGGGUGUGGAGCCUUCUGCCACGAUGAUUGCAUUGGCCCCUCCAAACUGUGUGUCUCCUGCCUUGUCGUUCGGUAAUGAGACCGGGAGAACACACUGUACAGAAGGCAGGAAGCGGGGAAGGGUUGACAGAUGUGGUUUUUGAGUUCUUUUGGAAUCACAGAAAUAAACUAGGUUUCAGUUGUCUUAAGAGACAAGUGUUACUUAAUCAGGAAUACAGAGUACAGAUCUUACAUUUUAGAGGAAAAGCACCUUGUAAAGUAAGUCCAAGUCAAGACUUUGUGAAUUUGUGACAAGUUUGCACUUACAAAAUCAUGUAAAUAUGUCACAUCUUGUUUUAACAUUUUUCCAGGUGUUUAGGUAAUAAUGUAUUACUUUGACUUCAGAUUGAUGUUCCACUUCAUGUGACUUUGAAAAGUUUAAUGCCAUGCAUGGUGAAAGGAAGCGAUUUCCCUUCUGCCCUUUCUUAAGAGGCUAGGAAAAGAAAGGAGUGAGGGAAUGGUCUGAAGAAAUGACCACUCACGUUGAUUAUGUCUUCACCGCAGGCUUUACGUAGGUUAUUCAGCCUUCACAGGAUUUGGAUUCAGGGUUUACUCAGUCCCUUUACCUUAGAUGGAACCUUCUCAAGUUGAAAUUUUUGAUAAGGUAUUAAUUUCACAGGCAGUACUUGAGACUCUGAAAAUUCUGACUUGGUUCUUGGCUUCCAUAAACGAGUACUAUUGCCAGGCACUCUGCUUGCAGUUUGUGGAUCCCUGCUGUUCCCUAAUCCCACUCCCUUGCCCUGAAGCAGCGUGCAUGGUCCAUGAAAAGUUUGCCUCGCGGGGCCCCUUGGGUUACCAUCACCUGUGCAGGGCAGUAAUUCCAGCAAUAAUCUCCGAGGAUUUAGUCAUUCGUGGGAGCUUACAAACAAGUUUGAAAUACUAGUAUAAAAUUAACAGAAAAGUGUUAGUGAUAGGGUGAUUUGAACUGUGUGUUUUGUUGGGUAAGCAGAAUAAAGGUGCAGAAACUGUUGAACUGAACAUAAAGAACUUUGGAAAACAAUUUUAACACUAGAAACAAAGUAGCCCCUCUCAUCCUCUUCUCUCCCAACCUGUUAACUUAAUGUUCUACAGUUAGCUGUUGCUACAGGUAGAAAAACUCAUUAAUACCAGAUUUGACCAUUCUGUUAAAUCUGUUUUGACCUCCCAGGCAUCUGAGGAAUAUGAGGGUAAUCUUAUAUAUUACUCUGAACAUACACGUGUGCGUGCGCGCACACACACCGUAAAAGUCAGACACUUUUCCUGUUUUAGAAAACAUGUCCCCUUUCUUGGACUACUGCUCUCUACACACUAGAAAUUUCUAAUGUAAAGGGGCUUUAGUGAAUGACUUAGGAAACAUCUAGAAAGGAAAAGAAAUCAGCUGCAAAUUUUUGUUUUUGUUUAUUUUUUGUUUCCUUUAUGUUGAAUUCUGUCUCUAGUGACUAAAGAAUUUUUGAGUACAUACAUUUAGGUCAUGGUUAAAGAACAUUAAAAUAAAUCUACAAUUUACCAGAAUUCGGUCUUAAAAAGUUGGGGAUUGUCAAUGUGUAUCAUUUGCAUAUUGAUUUCAAAUCUCCUAAUUUCACGUAUGUAAAGGACAUACAUUAUUAGUGCAACCUAGUACAGUCAUAGUUGUACUUAAUAUUCAGGAUGUGAUAUAUACAAAAUGCAGAACAGUUUUUUGUUUGUUUGUUUGUUUUUUUGCGGUACACGGGUCUCUUGCUGUGGUGGCCUCUCCCGUUGCGGAGCACAGGCUCCGGACGCGCAGGCUCAGCGGCCAUGGCUCACGGGCCCAGCCGCUCCACGGCAUGUGGGAUCUUCCCGGACCAGGGCACGAACCCGUGUCCCCUGCAUCAGCAGGUGGGCUCUCAACCACUGCGCCACCAGGGAAGCCCCCUGCAGAACAGUUUAGACUCGUUAACUAAGUCACAUUCCAGAUUAGGGGCAAGUAGGCAGUAGUAAUCUUAGCUUUGCACCCAUUCUGCUACCCACCCCUCCCUACCUCACCUCCUGCAUUAUACAUACACUCUUUUAAUACUUUCAAACCCCAUAAGAAACUAUUUACUUCUAUUUUUUAUUUUUUGUUUCUGAGUUUUUUGUGGCCCAAAGCAAAUAUAGGAUUAAUAUCUGUGUUCUAGUUUCAACCAAGAUAAUUUGAUGUCCUUCUAACUUCCCUUUUUCUUCCAGCACACACAUAGCUAAGAGGUAAGAAAUCUGUAAGGAUCCAGGGAUAAGGAGGAAGUUCUCCAGCCAAUAACCAGUAGGAGUCAGAAACCAUGGUUCUGUUCCCAAACUUUCAGUGCCCUGGGUAAUCCCAGGGGGUGUUAAAAAGACCUAUUGCUAGUUAAAACUCUCCAUUCCCAGCUUCCUCACUCGCCACUUGAGUGGCAGGACUGAGGGGUGGUCUGCUGCCGGAAGUGGUUGACUGUUUCAGAACCGACCCCACGGUGAGCACGAGUUAACCAAUUUGGUUUUUCAAAAUGAUUUUUCUUCUUCACACCUUUCCUAUUCAUAGAAAGUCUCUCCUCCAUGGUUCUCUUAAUCUGAGGAUGGACAGACUAACCAGGAAAGGAGGAAAGGCAUCAGGGAUUUUCAAGUCCAUUUAGAGAGCAAACCAUAUCGUGCCUAUUCAUCUUGACCCAGGCUCUUGCAGAUAGGUCCUAAGCAUUACUAUUCAUCAGAUUCUCUUUACAGAUAAUACCCAGCUAAUAAAAUAUUCAAUAAAUCGUCAACUAGGUACACUGCCUCACUCUUGACUAAAUGAGAGAAUAGUUAGAGUCUCUUAGAUUGGUAGAAAAUUGAAUGCAAUCUAUUGGUUUCAAAACGGUUUCACAUAGAAGGUCAUUCAUCUUGUGCUGACUGAGCUGAGAAGAAAAAAGAAAAAUUACAAUCUGGCCCUUUUGAAAAUGAAGCAGUAGGAACAAGAAAACCUUUAAAUUAUUAGAAUAUGGUAUUCCAGUACCUUUAAAGCAGUUUUUAUCUUAGGUUUUCAGUUACUUUACCUUUCAAUUCAGUCUGAAAUGUUUCUAAUAAGUGCUAAGCUUAUUUUUAUGGUAUUAAGUUGCACUAUUUCCAGUGACUAGUCAGGCAUUAUGCCUGAUGCUUAUGCCUCCAGGGUAUGCUUCUCAAGCCUUCAGAUAACCUUCCACUUCAGGUCACCUUGGGGAGGUGGCAUUAACAAUAUAUCAUCUCAGUCUUACUUGGGAAUGUUCUAAGUUGUCUAGUAGAGAAGACUCCCUAAAUUUUAAAGAAUUUUUAUUAAAAUUCUCCAUCCUAUUAAACAGAAAAUAAAGCCAAAUAACCUGGAGUUGUUUGCCCUACAUAACCCCUGUGUUGAAGAUACUGAAGCUGUCUGUGGUACCCCAUGUAACAUCUUUAAGAAUAAGGUCUGGCAGAUGGGAAAUUUUUCUUGGGGCAGGGGAAGCAUACUUACAUGGGCUGGGAAGGCACACAGUGUAGACAUUUUAGGAGUUAUCACAGAUUUAAAUAGCCAAAGGAGGACGUCAUUGCCUUCCAGGUGAAGGCAUAAAUUGGUACAUUAAUAAUUGGACCGUUUACCAUCCUAAUUGCUCUUACUGCCUUUCUUCACCUAAGAGUCCUUAAAGAACUCUUGGGUGAAAUUAUUUGUUAUAAUGAGGGGGUCUUCUCUGGUCAUUACAUCACUCUUUGUUUCUAGAGCUCAUUGUCAGUAAGCAGUACCAGGGUUGUUUUCUCUGUGACCUACAGAUUUCACAGCAAGGAGAGAAAAGUCUCCCUGUUGCAUUACAACAAUGUGCUAAGUAAAAAAACUUGGCCAAGGGUAGUUUGCAGCUCAAUUUAUAGAAUAGUCCAAAGAGACUCCGAGAAACAUGAUGAUAGGCAGGGAUCUUUCCUACCGUGUUUCAAUACCUACAUAACCUAUUGAAAGAGGACAAUAGGUAAAGCAGUUCCUAAAGUUGGAAGUAAGACCUUCAUAGAUUCUUGGUUACUUAUUUUUUUUAAUGCUUUACAUUUGAUACAACUAUUAAAGAUCAAUUUUAAAAAUAGCUUUCCAGUAAUAUAUUUUAAGUAAUAUAUAUUUUAAUAUCUAUGUAAAAAGUGACAGUGGGAGACUUUGAAUUUCUCAUAUAAGGUAUGUUUGAUGUAGGGCCUCACUGUUAAGGCACAAAUUAUUUCAAAGGAAGUUACUCUAAAGACACUCAGAUUAUUUCCAAAAAAAUGCAAUAAGGGGAAGAGUUUUGGAGUUUAUUUUUUAUUUUAAAAGAAAAUUGACUUAUUUACCACAAGCUAUUUUUUUUUUCCUUCUGGCUAAAAGAUUUGUACAGACUGGUUUGGUAAAUGCUAAACUUUUGUGUCUUUUGCCUUUUUAAAGGAAUUGUUAACAUUGGAAUUGAGGGUAUGUACAGAGAAGUUGGUGUCAACACCAUUUAAAAAGUCAUAUUUUUUCACAAAUAUAGAAAAAUCAUUUUACAUAAGAAUUUUAAGUAUUUGCAAUAAAUAUAUGUAUAUAGAUUGUAUGUAUUCAUAUAUUCUUAUUUUUCAUUUUAUUAUUAAGUAAAAGAUAAUUAAAGUGGAAAUAAAAACCUUGGAGUUUUCGGUG